ACAUUAAUUUCUAACAGUCAAAGAUAUACAACUCAUCGAACGUUCUUCCUCCAUCACAAUCUCUAGACUUUCCCGAUCUGUCUUCUUUCUCUCCUUCAAGAAAAAAAAAGAUCUCAGCUUUAGCAAAUGGGUUGCCUCAGCAGUAAACACCGGCAGGAAGAAACCGCCGCAAAACCCUCAACUCCGAUCACUCCAGCACAAACCCACGUCGUCCCGGAGCACCGGAAACCCCAAACUCCACCGACCCACCACCAGAUUUCAGCCCCGCCGGCGACCGUCCGAGAUCCAGACACCAUACUAGGCAAACCCUUCGAAGACAUAAGAAAAUUCUACAGCUUGGGGAAAGAGCUAGGCCGAGGGCAGUUCGGGAUAACGUACAGGUGCAGAGAGAUCUCCACGGGAAACACUUACGCCUGCAAGUCCAUCUUGAAGAGGAAGCUGAUCAGCAAGCAAGACAAGGAGGAUGUGAAGAGAGAGAUUCAGAUAAUGCAGUACUUGUCCGGACAAGCCAACAUUGUCGAGAUCAAGGGUGCUUAUGAGGAUAGACAGUCUGUGCAUUUGGUGAUGGAGUUGUGUGCGGGUGGUGAGUUGUUCGAUAGGAUUAUAGCUCAGGGACAUUACUCCGAGAGAGCUGCUGCUGGGAUCAUUAGGUCCAUUGUGAAUGUUGUUCAGAUUUGUCAUUUCAUGGGUGUCGUUCAUAGAGAUCUCAAGCCUGAGAAUUUCUUGCUCUCCAGUAAAGAGGAGAAUGCUAUGCUUAAGGCAACUGACUUCGGGUUGUCUGUUUUCAUUGAAGAAGGAAAAGUUUACCGGGAUAUAGUGGGGAGUGCUUACUACGUUGCUCCUGAAGUAUUAAGGCGUAGUUACGGGAAGGAAAUUGACAUUUGGAGUGCUGGUGUUAUCCUUUACAUCCUACUCAGCGGUGUACCUCCUUUCUGGGCUGAAAAUGAGAAAGGAAUAUUUGAUGAGGUUGUAAAAGGUGAAAUUGACUUUGAAAGCCAGCCAUGGCCUUCUAUUUCUGAGAGUGCGAAAGAUCUUGUCAGGAAGAUGCUUACCAAAGACCCCAGGAGACGAAUCACUGCUGCCCAGGUUCUUGAACAUCCUUGGAUCAAAGGCGGAGAAGCACCAGACAAGCCUAUUGAUAGUGCUGUGUUGUCUCGUAUGAAGCAGUUCCGAGCCAUGAACAAGCUUAAGAAGCUAGCCCUUAAGGUUAUCGCGGAGAGUCUAUCAGAAGAGGAAAUCAAAGGUCUCAAGACCAUGUUUGCCAACAUGGAUACCGACAAAAGCGGUACAAUCACAUACGAAGAACUGAAAACAGGGCUAACUAGGCUUGGCUCUAAACUCUCUGAAACUGAAGUGAAGCAACUCAUGGAAGCUGCUGAUGUGGAUGGAAAUGGAACAAUCGACUACUUUGAGUUUAUCUCUGCGACAAUGCAUCGAUACAAACUGGAUCGAGAUGAGCAUGUAUACAAAGCAUUCCAACAUUUUGAUAAAGACAACAGCGGGCACAUAACUAGAGAUGAGUUGGAAAGUGCCAUGAAGGAGUAUGGAAUGGGAGAUGAAGCUAGCAUCAAAGAAGUUAUAUCUGAAGUUGAUACCGACAAUGAUGGGAGAAUAAACUUUGAGGAGUUCUGUGCAAUGAUGAGAAGUGGUACCACACAACCACAAGGGAAGCUUCUUCCCUUCCAUUGAGCAAAAACACAACCUUUUGUUUCCCCUUGUUUAAGCACAGAUCCAACCUCAAAAAUUAAAUCUUAAACCGGGAGAAAAAAGAGGUAAACCGGGGAAAACCGGAGUCGAGAGUAAUUUAAUCAGCUGAUACUGUCUCAAAAAUGUUAUUUCUUCUCUUUAAAAACUGAGCUUUCAUAUACUGUGUCGCGACUUGGCUCAUUGUAACAAAAUUAAAUCCUUUUUUGUUCCAACGUUCGUAUUUAUAUUCGUUAUCCUGUGAAGAAGACUUAGAAAACAGUAAUUGUUUUUAUUA